UCCUCUCCAGUUGUGGCCAUUCCCCAGGCUAUGGAUCUCUCCAACAACACCAUGUCACUCUCAGUGCGCACCCCCGGACUGUCCCGGCGGCUCUCCUCCCAGAGUGUGAUAGCAGGCAGACCCAGGGGCAUGUCUGCUUCCAGUGUUGGAAGUGGCUAUGGGGGAAGUGCCUUUGGCUUUGGACCCAGCUAUGGAGGAGGCUUUUCUGCUGCUUCCAUGUUUGGUUCUAGUUCUGGCUUUGGGGGUGGCUCUGGAAGUUCCAUGGCAGGAGGACUGGGUGCUGGUUAUGGGAGAGCCCUGGGUGGAAGUGGCUUUGGAGGACUGGGGAUGGGAUUUGGGGGCAGCCCAGGAGGUGGCUCUCUAGGUAUUCUCUCAGGCAAUGAUGGAGGCCUUCUUUCUGGCUCAGAAAAGGAAACUAUGCAAAAUCUUAAUGAUAGAUUAGCUUCCUACCUGGAUAAGGUGCGAGCUCUAGAAGAGGCUAAUACUGAGCUAGAAAACAAAAUUCGAGAAUGGUAUGAAACACGAGGAACUGGGACUGGAGAUGCUUCACAGAAUGAUUACAGCAAAUAUUAUCCACUGAUUGAAGACCUCAGGAAUAAGAUCAUUGCAGCCAACAUUGGAAAUGCCCAGCUCCUCUUGCAGAUCGACAACGCGAGACUGGCUGCCGAGGACUUCAGGAUGAAUGUGCUGCUGACUCAUGAUGUGACUGACACCAUCGAGAGCCUGAAUGAGGAGCUGGCCUACAUGAAGAAGAACCAUGAGGAAGAACUCCAAAGCUUCCGGGUGGGCGGCCCAGGUGAGGUCAGCGUAGAAAUGGACGCUGCCCCCGGAGUGGACCUCACCAGGCUCCUCAACGAUAUGCGGGCGCAGUAUGAAACCAUCGCUGAGCAGAAUCGGAAGGACGCUGAAGCCUGGUUCAUUGAAAAGAGCGGGGAGCUCCGGAAGGAGAUUAGCACCAACACCGAGCAGCUUCAGUCCAGCAAGAGCGAGGUCACCGACCUGCGACGCGCCGUUCAGAACCUGGAGAUCGAGCUGCAGUCCCAGCUCGCCACGAAGAAAUCUCUGGAAGACUCGUUGGCCGAAGCCGAGGGCGAUUACUGCGCGCAGCUGUCCCAGGUGCAGCAGCUCAUCAGCAACCUGGAGGCACAGCUGCUGCAGGUGCGCGCGGAUGCAGAGCGCCAGAACGUGGACCACCAGCGGCUGCUGAAUGUCAAGGCCCGUCUGGAGCUGGAGAUUGAGACCUACCGCCGCCUGCUGGACGGGGAGGCCCAAGGUGAUGGUUUGGAGGAAAGUUUAUUUGUGACAGACUCCAAAUCACAAGCACAGUCAACUGAUUCCUCUAAAGACCCGACCAAAACCCGAAAAAUCAAGACAGUUGUGCAGGAGAUGGUGAAUGGUGAGGUGGUCUCAUCUCAAGUUCAGGAAAUUGAAGAAUUAAUGUAAAAUUUCACAAGAUCUACCCCAUGAUUGGUUCCUUAGGAACAAGAAAUUUACAAACAGAAAUCAUUCCUUUCAGAGUAACAUGGUGUAUUAGUUCAAUCUCUA